ACAGGUGUGUUAGUAUUCAUCGGCGCUGCAACAAUAAGCUACUGUGUAUGGACCCCAGCGGGGGUAACGCACGACUACAACAAGCUGGCCCGCAUCAUGUACCUCUACGACCCCCUGGCCUGCGGGUACCGGCUCCGGGCGCUGGCCUCCACCAAGACCUUGCUGCUGAAGAACGACACGAAGAAGCUGAAGCUGACCCCGAUUAAGUGGCAACCACCAGUUGUUACUGUGUCUACGAGGUUGGCGGCAAAGACUAGAAAAUAUACAAAGUUGAGCGUUUUAGUGCACGUAUUUUGGUUCCUGGUAGCAAUAGCACUGCGUGUCUUCAAAACAUCGUCCAAGUUAAAGCUACUGAAAUUCAUACUAGCGACUUCCUUCUACGCGUGUGUCUUUGUAAUAACAUUCGACCUGUCGAUGGCAAUUGUGUAUAUUGCCCACAUUCAGCAAAGUUUGACCAACGAAAUGAUUCUCAGAUACAGCGGGUGGAGUGUGGAAUUAAAAUUGAAUAGGUAUGAAGAUUUUGGUGGAUGGUUGCCAAUAGCAGCAUCGGCUCUCUGGAUUAGGGGUGGUAUAAUUUUCGCCUUGAACAUCUACAGUUGCAGACUUCUUCAAAACAUACUACGGACUAUUCAAAAGAGAGAAGUCAAGAGAAAGGUUGCUCUGAGAGAGAACCUGCCGAUACCUGACCCUAAUUUUGGAAAACCCAAUGACCGCGAUGACGGUGUGAUAUACUUCAGGCCUGGAGAGUAUACGCCGGUUGUCAGAACUGCAAAUAGACCUUCGUUCUUCUUUUUUUAA